AUGCCCAACACGACAGACGACUACGGCCCCAUCAGCGCGAGUGCAGGCGCGACGCCCGGCGCGAGCGGCACGACCACGCCCCACACGCACGGCGAGAGCAGCACGCAUAUCCGGCAGCAGGCGCUGGCAUCGGCACACCCUUCCGCUGCUGGCCCGCCGCCCGACCCAGCCGUCGAGUACACCUUCGGCCUGCCCCCCGCUGCUGCGCUCGCGGGCUUGAGCGCAACGAGCAGGCGGUGUAUUGAGAACUUUGUUGCGCAUGGCGUUGCCGCGGAGCACGAUGUCGGGCUGGCGCGCCGCGCGGCUGUCCUCAUCGCUGUGUUCCAGCGUCCCGGGGAGGACGGGCUGCGUGUGCUCCUCACCACGCGGGCCAAGCAUCUCCGACGGAACCCAUCCCAGACGGCGCUGCCUGGCGGCCAGCGCGAUGCGACCGACCCGUCGGCGGCGUUCAAUGCCAGACGAGAAGCGUACGAGGAGGUCGGGCUGCCGGCGUCCCAUGCCUCGGUGCACAUGCUCACGGUGCUCGACCCGAUUUUGACGGUACUCCCGCUCAACGCGCCGUUCAAGCACCACAUUGUCGUGACGCCUGUCGUGGCGUUCAUCGACGACCCCGCGCUCGUGGACAGCCUGACCCCCAACCCCGACGAGGUGGACUGUAUCUUUGACCACCCGCUCGGUGCCGUCUGGACAGGCGAGCCGGAGGACGAGGUCAAGACUGGCCUCGCGACGCACGGCGGCGAGUGGUGGCCGCACGGCGAGGACUAUCACUCGCGCGAGGACCGCGUCGGCGCAACAGGCCCAUAUCGGAUGCACCGCUUCCGUACCCGCCACUCCCCAAUCAAGGGCUUCACCUCGAACGUGCUCAUCUCCGCUGCGGCGGUAGCGUACGCCGCCGAGCCGGCCUACGGCCACUUUGCGGCCGGGCAGCGGCGGUUCAGCGACGCGAUCCACGAGGUGGUGAGCACGCUGCCGACGCUCAGCAGCUCGCCGCCGCAGAACAGCAAGCCGCUCGAGUGGGGUCUGCUGGCCGGCGGGUCGCAGGCGAGCGGGGAGACGUAUUACCGGCAGUAGGGGG